ACUCCUCUCUAAUCUCUCUCUUCUUUCUUCCCAAAAUCCAAGCCGUCUAAUUUGGCUUUUCUCUCUCCAUCUUCAAUGCUUUUGUUCCUUCUCCCUCCCUCCAUGAAAACUUCCAUUUUCGUCUCACUUAUUCCUUCACAUGAUUUGCCUGCCUUCAAUUAAUUCGGCGUUGCAGCUCUCGAAGUUCUAUAGCAGACAUUAAAGGACACAUCCAGCGUCAGAGAGCGACAGGCGCAUUCAAAUUCCGAGCAGCAACUUCUGUGCGUUUUCUUGCUUCACUUCCCCGUCCACCCUCCCUGUUCCAGCUCCAAAUAGGAAAAACAAUGGAAGCCUGGGAGAGAUCGCUGCGUGAAGAGAGAUACAUGCAUCCACAACGCCGAAAAACGCCUUCGUUUUCCUCCUCCCUCCUCGACGCUAUUUACCGCUCCAUCGAUGACGAGCCGGUUCUCUGCCCUGAAGCAACUGCCUCCGCCACGAGAACCAAAAAACAGAGGAACGCUAACUUGAAGAGAAACAGUGCUCUGGAAGAUGAGGAAAGUGUUCGGAGGGCUAUUAUGAUCGAGAAAUGGAUGGAGAGUGAGAGCCGGAGCCACAUUUCUCGAAGUUCCAGGCUCUGCAAUUCGACUUCGAGCUCGUCCGAGUCCAGCUGUGGAGGCGUGUUUUCGUCUUCCGAAACAGAGUCCGGUUACAACAGAAACGCCAAGCAGCGCCCGAAACAAGUGCGAACCAGCGGUUCGGUUCGAUCCAACUUAGAGAAAACGACGAAUCACGAAGGGAGGCUCACGCGGACGAAAUCCAAAGCUCUUAAGAUGUACGGCGAUCUGAAGAAGGUGAAACAGCCGAUCUCACCGGGACGUCGGUUCACGAACUUCCUCAACUCGAUUUUCAGUUCCAGAAACGUGAAAACGCAUCUGAAGCAUGAAACCGCGAGGGACUCGAGUUCAAUUGGGAGAUCAAGAUCGGUGAAGGACACGACGACGUUCUCCAUGUCUUGCUUGAGAAAAAUGCCGCCUUCAAGAGCCAAAUUGAGCACCAACAAUGUGUCGAGCUCGAAAAGAUCCGUCCGAUUCUACCCCUUCACCGUCAUCGUUGACGAAGAUUCGCGCCCCUGCGGACACAAAUCCAUCUACGGCGACGAUCCGAGCCUCAUGCCAACACCUAGAGUUCGAAAAAUUGCCGAGACCGCAAUACUAAAGAGCACAAACACUCGUCAAUUGAGAGAGUUUCAACUCGAGGACGAAGACGAGGAAGACGACGAUGGCAUGAGCUGUACGAGCUCUGAUCUGUUCGAGUUGGAGAACAUUGGUGCGGUUGGAGUUGGAGCAUACAGAGAGGAGCUACCGGUGUACGGAACAACUUGUCUGAAAACGCAUCACGCCAUCGCGAACGGUCUGAUUCUCUAGCUCCAUCCAUUGAUACAUCCUUCCAUGGCGGAUGAUGAGUACUCAAAUGUAAUUAAUUACUUGUGUGGAAGAUGCAAAUCCUGCAACUGACAAAUUACAUCAUUUUCUUCGGUUUAAAUAAAAAAACAAGUCUUCUAGUUUCCUUUUGCACUUCACUACCAUUAUUAUUAAGA